UAUGCUUUAAAUUAGUAUAAAUAUGUUAACAACUUAGUUGUAUUGUAUGUCAUAAGAAUAUAGAUCUUUGAGUUUUUGUUUUGAUAAUUAUUAUUAUUAUUAUUAUUAUUAUUAUUAUGGGUUCCAUUAGUGAAAAUACUACUACUCUUGAGUUAUCCCAAGGUUAUGUCAAUGUGUACAAGCAUAUGUUAAGCUAUGCAAGUUCAAUGGCUCUAAAAUGUGCUAUUCAAUUACACAUACCGGACAUAAUAUUCACCAAAGGCAAAGACCAAACCAUUACUCUUCCCGAGUUGGCGUCCGCCCUUCAAAUUCCCCCAUCGCGAAUUUCGUGCCUUCGACGUGUGAUGCGUGUAUUGGUACACUCAGGUAUUUUCACUAAUAAAAACCAACACGACGAUGACAAGACAGAGGAAGAAGAAGUGUACGGUCUCACUUCUUCUUCCAAAAUACUUCUCACCGGUGGUAAUAAUAAUGGUGUCCCGAGUGUGGGUGGUUAUGUUCUUGCUGUUCUUGAGCCAGUUACUGUAACCGCAUUCCAUUUAAUUGGAAGUUGGUUAAAGAAAGAAAGUCCACGCACACCGUUUCAUUUAGCUAAUGAUGAAGGGUUGAGCUUGUACGAGUAUUGGGGUAAGAAUAUCGAUGGAUUCGGUGAUCGUUUGGAUGAAGGAAUGGAAAGCGAUUCGGGAGUUUUGAAAUUUGUUCUCAAAGAUUUGAAGUCCUCUUUUGAGGAUAUAACUACAUUGGUGGAUGUUGGAGGGAAUACUGGAUCGAUGUGUAUGAUGCUCAUUGAAGAAUUUCCUCACUUGAAAUGCACAGUGUUUGACCUACCUUAUGCCAUUGAAGCCAAUUCACAUAAUAGUACUUCAAACUUGAAAUUUGUUGAGGGUGACAUGUUUCAAAGUACAUUCCCUGAAGCUGAUGCAUUUCUAUUAAAGAGUGUUUUAUCAGGUUGUAGUGAUGAGGAAUGUGUGAAGAUUUUAAAGAAUUGUGGAGAAGCUAUUACAAGGAAUGGUGGAGGAAAGGUUAUGGUAAUAGACAAUAAUGUCAUAAAUACCAAAAAUGAUGAGGCUGCAGAAUUGGAAGCUAAGUUAUACUUUGACAUGUUAUUUAUGACUGCUCUCACCGGAAGAGAAAGAACUAAAAAGGAUUACGAAAAUAUCUUCUAUCAAGCUGGUUUCACUCGUAUUAAAAUUACACGUAUGUUUGGUUUAAAGUCCUUAAUCGAGGGUUUUCCUUAAUUAAUAAUAAAAUAAUCAAACAAAAUUAAUAUGUAUAAUUACCCUUCAAAUAAGCUAUGAUGAUUAAUAUUAUUGUGACUAUAGUUGAGCACAAUAUAUAAAAUCAUCAAUAUGAAGAUUCUAUGAAUAACCAAGGGAAAUAAAAAUCUACUUUCUUUUA